UAUUAUUAUAGCUGGCAAGAGCUGGCUCUUUAGGCCCAGCACCCUUCAUCUUUGCCUUACCAUAUCUCUCUCUUUUCUCUCUCUCUCUCUCUCAACUAAACUGGGUUGUGGUGGGGGUUAAGAAACCUCUGCUAUAAUCUGAAUUAGGGUUUUUGUAGAAGCAUAAGUUGAAGAAGGAAGGGAUAGAGUUGGGAGGAAAUGAGUGCCUCCAGGUUCAUAAAGUGUGUCACAGUUGGGGACGGAGCGGUGGGCAAGACUUGCAUGCUCAUCUCCUACACCAGCAACACUUUCCCUACGGAUUAUGUGCCAACUGUGUUUGACAAUUUCAGUGCAAAUGUGGUUGUGGACGGGAGCACUGUUAAUUUGGGAUUGUGGGAUACUGCUGGACAGGAAGAUUACAAUAGAUUAAGACCACUGAGCUACCGUGGGGCAGAUGUCUUCCUACUUGCAUUCUCUCUCAUAAGUAAGGCCAGCUAUGAAAAUAUUGCCAAGAAAUGGGUUCCUGAAUUGAGGCAUUAUGCACCUGGUGUUCCAAUUAUUCUUGUCGGAACUAAGCUUGAUCUUCGGGAUGAUAAGCAAUUCUUUGUAGAUCACCCUGGUGCAGUGCCAAUUACCACAGCCCAGGGAGAGGAACUAAAGAAGCUGAUUGGGGCUCCGGUUUACAUUGAGUGUAGUUCAAAAACACAGCAGAAUGUGAAAGCAGUCUUUGACGCAGCCAUUAAAGUGGUUCUCCAGCCACCAAAACAGAAGAAGAAAAAGAAGAGAAAGGCACAGAAGGCCUGUUCUAUAUUGUGAGCAAGGAAAGAAUAGUGUUGGGAAGAAACUGUGACUAAUUAGUCAUUUAUCCAUUAAUGCUCUUCAGUCCCUGUUAUAUUUUUCUGUCCGGAGGAAGCAGCAAGCUGGGCAUCGUAGUUUCGACUGACAGAUGUAGGAGCUCUCUUUAUGCAUCAAGUUCUUUGUUUAUGCUGUCUGGGCAGUGUUCUGAUUUUAUUUGUAUAUUAAUGCUUUGCAUUACGUGUUUGUUAACAUGCUGAACCCUCUUCUCUUUGGGUUUGAUUUCCCUAAUGUAUUGUCUCUAUGUAGUACUGAUAUUUUACUUUUUAAGCCGUAUAAAAUCCACGUCUUGUAACUGAUUUAGUACACGUCAAAUUUCAAGAAUAUAUAUAGAUGGUUAUAUUUUCAUGA